CCUCUCCUGCAGAAGACGGACAAAGAUGAGGGACAAAACCGGAGCCAACUGGCACAUGUGAGCGAUAUUUUACUACUACAUAUGUCGAGCCCCGAUAUGCAUUAACUAGCUCUCAGAUCUGGUAGUAAUUAGUCGAUGCUUACUGCUCUUUGCAGUGGAGGAGGUGCCAAAAUGACCAGACUAUUGUCUAGCAUCGCUGUAACGGAAUGGGCCCGCAGGAAUUUUUGGCACCGGUUUUACGCAGCAGACCACAUCGCUUAAAUCGACGUAUUACCUCGAAACGAAGACAGAUAGUGAGGCUGGCAUGGACAAAGAAUGCUUACACACACCUGUGAUGCUAUGAGAUAAAAAGAGAGACAUCAGUGAAACAUCAGUGCUGGUUUCCUCCAGAGUGUGGAGCAGAUCAUCAUUGGAGAUUCAAGUUUGGACAUCACCAAAGUCCAAAAUCCCCUCCCCAAAAAGAAAAAGGAUCAUCUUACAUCUUAAAGCAUCUUCACAGACUCGCAUAGCGAGUCUGUGAGCAGGUGAGAGAGGGACACUGUCUGCCCCACUGUCCAGCGACACCAUGAGCUGGAGCUUCCUCACGCGGCUGCUGGAGGAGAUCCACAACCACUCCACCUUCGUGGGGAAGCUGUGGCUCACCGUGCUCAUCGUCUUCCGCAUCGUCCUCACUGCCGUUGGGGGAGAGUCCAUCUACUACGACGAACAGAGCAAGUUUGUCUGCAACUCGGGCCAGCCGGGCUGCGAGAACGUCUGCUACGACGCCUUCGCCCCUCUAUCCCACGUUCGCUUCUGGGUCUUCCAGAUCAUCUUGGUGGCGAUGCCUUCUCUCAUGUACAUGGGCUACGCUGUCAACAAGAUUGCACGAUUAGAUGAAGCCAAAGGAGGACUUGGUUCUGUUGCGGUUCGAACAGGAGGAGGGGGCUACACGCACAGGAAGCCCAGGAAAAUCUGCUUUGGAGCACGGCAACACCGCGGGAUUGAGGAGACCGAGGAGGACCAAGAGGAUGAUCCCAUGAUCUAUGAGGUGCCAGAGAUCGAGCCCCCAAAAAGGCUGCGGGAUCCACUGCAACCCACACCCAGACCCAAAAUCCGGCAUGAUGGGCGCAAGCGUAUAAGAGACGAGGGGCUGAUGCGGGUCUAUGUUUUGCAAUUGGUGACUCGUACGCUGCUAGAAGCAGGCUUCCUUGCAGGCCAGUAUUUGCUGUACGGGUUUCGCGUGAUGCCCGUGUUCGUGUGCUCGGGGAAACCUUGUCCCCACAGCGUUGAUUGCUUUGUGUCGCGGCCUACAGAGAAGACCAUCUUCCUGCGCAUCAUGUAUGGCGUGACAGUCCUUUGCCUCACGCUCAAUGUUUGGGAGAUGCUCCAUUUGGGGAUUGGUACCAUCUGUGACAUUCUUCGCCGUCGGCGCUGCCCACCUCAGGAGGAUGAGUACCAGUUGGGAUUGCUGGGCACCAAUGGAGGUGUUGAGGGUUCAGUAGCGGGGACGGGGCCUGAGGUGGGCUCUGAGGGAGGGGUGGGUGGAGAUGGGGCUGCGGAUUACGUGGGUUACCCCUUUUCAUGGAACACCCCAUCAGCUCCACCUGGCUACAACAUUGUGGUAAAGCCGGAGCAGAUGCCCUACACGGACCUUAGCAACGCUAAAAUGGCGUGCAAGCAGAACCGGGCGAACAUUGCCCAAGAGGAGCAGCAGCAGUUUGGAAGCAAUGAAGAUAACUUCCCCACUGGAGGGGAGGCCCGCGUAGCUUUGAACAAAGACAUGAUCCAGCAAGCUCACGAACAACUGGAGGCGGCCAUCCAGGCCUACAGUCAGCAGCACCGGGCAGAGGAGCAGCUCGGGGACAACCAGGACGACAAGCCCCAAAGCAACAUCAUCCAGGCCCAACCUCUGCCACAACCGCAGCCUCAGAAAGAGCGCAAGCAUAGAUUCAAGCACGGGAAAGGAGGCAGCAGCGGAGGAGGCAGCAGCAGCAACAGCAGUAGCAGCAAAUCAGGAGAGGGGAAGCCCUCUGUAUGGAUUUAACCCCAGAAACGGUGUAUAUAUUAGAGACUAGAUGACGAGCUGUUGCAAUCUUCCUUGGAUAUUUAAACACCAAUGUGCCUUAAAGAAUCCUGCAAGCUGGAGAAGAUGUGUUUGUGUACUAAGGUGUGUUAAAAAAAAAAAAGACGUGAUGUUGCAGCUGACAAUUAUUUUUGUCUGGGCUAUCACUGUUUAACUUGAAACAUCACACCAACACAAACUGUAGGCUACAGUCUGUCGUUUACAUGUCUCCUCAAGUCCUGCAGCAGAUCAUUGACCUCUGUUGUCCUCCCCUUCAUGCUUUCUUAGGGGUUUGAACUUUGGAAAAUUACUGAAUGAUAAUGAGUUCUGUUGCAAAUCAGAUUGAUCCCCAGAUUUGGCUUAGCUCAUUUUCUGGCCGCUCCUCUGCAAAGACACCGUCUCCAUUAACACAUUAGCAUCCUAAUUCUUUGGACAUGAAACACAAAGGCAAAGGGAUGCCAUGUUAUGAGUGUGUUCUGGCAAGCUAAAGCUACUGUAAUGGCGUUAUCAAGGAGCGUCAUAGUAAAUGCAAUAAAAUGAAACAUAAUUUGGUGGCAGCGCCUAAAGCAGUGACUUUAUAACGCAGCGAGAACAUCACCUUCCUGAAGGCUGUGUCCUGUCAGUCAUGUUCUGUGUCUGCUUUCUCUCCAGUGUUGAUCACAGUGUUACGUUACUGUGACUUUGCAUUUGACAGUGUGUUUGUAUGUGUUUCCUGUUUUUAAUAACUGUGUGACACCAGCUGCUGCUCAGAAAACCGAUGAGUACAGCAGGUGGCUUUUUUAUCCAGUCUACAUCUGAAAUUUCCUAAGAAAAAAAAUGUUCUUUUUAAGGUGCAUGAGCAAUCCAGUUUUUAUACUUUACUCCUCAACUUCUCAGUUUCUCUCUCUGGCUCUUGAAGGCUGCUCUGCACUCCACAUCUGUUUCAUCUGCCUUGUAGUUGACUGCCCCCUGGUGGUAUCUUCUUCGGGGCUUCCUUUAAUAGGGAGUAGAUACCAGUUGCCAAAUGCUACCUGCAUCCAGCAACACCUUAACCAGCUGUAGUGUUCCUUUUUCUAUCGACAAGCCUUGUGUCAGUUAAAUCCUCUCAGCGCUACGAGUUCAGUGUUAGAUGCACAAGGCUGCAAUAUCACCACGUUGUAAUGGAAAAAGGUUUGAAGCCAUUACUAUACUAUAGUGAGACCAAACACUGUUUGUGUGAUGCAAGUGUCAGUGCCAAGAUUUUAUGCUAGGCUGCCAUGAAGCCUGGUUGUUUGUAGCUUUGGAAUACUGUGGCCAUGCUACUCCAAUUGUGGAUUAAUGCCUACGUGAGACCAACCCUUUUGUAAAAGUCACCUGUUUUUGUACCACAGUAUAUGUAUUGCUUUUUUGGACUGGGAUUUAAAAUAGCAAACUCCAAAAUGGAGUCGAUUUUUAUGUUCGAGCCGGUGUUUUAUACGAAAACACUCCUUUUUUCAAUAACGUUUUUUGUAAAAAAUAAAGAAAAAGAAAGUUCUUUUAUCAAUGAAAUAGAUGUAUGGAUAUUUAUGGUUAUUGUGUUUUAAAUUGCCUUCCAAUUGUAAAAAAUGUGAAAUAUGACAUAGUAUAUUUUUAUAAUAUGUCGGCUACAGUGACUUACUGAUGUAAAGAAAAAAAGCCAGACUUUUCCCUGUAUGUUACAGUGUCAAUAUUUAAUGUAUGUAGCAACCCUCUGGGCUAAAAAAAAAAAAGUGUUACUCCUUUUCCAACAUUGUUCUGCUGAACAGCUGUGUGUGGAAACUGGCUGAUGAAUCAGUUGUGGAAAAGGACAUAAAGUGCCAAAUUAUUCAAACCAUUCCAAGCUUUUGCCCACAGUAGCUUUCCAGACAAGCAGCAGUUCAUUUGAUGACAGUAAUUUGAGAGGGGGAGCAAAUCUGAAAAGCCGGCACAUUAUGUCCUUGAUUUAAUAAAUCUGGUUUGAAGGAUCUUUCCCAGCAACUAACUCAACAAAACAUAACUCAUGUGAAGUUGUGAGGCUGGACAUUGUGACGUAGCUUCCUUCACAUAAACACAAUAUACAACAGGGUGCUUGAGUAGAAAGAGUGUUUCUGAUUGGUUUGUUCACCACUGGGCUCCACAUAUCUGUCCGCCAGCAGCAGACAGUCAUAAAUCCCCAGAAGUACUUCAGUCAGCUGCUCCCCAGAGCAGUGAUUGACACUGGCUCCACUGACGCCGCUCCAUCCGCAUAAGCCACAGGUGAUUUACUGAGAGUCAGUGUCAGUCCUCUCCACUUGGGGGCCAAUCAGCCCUCAUUAAACUCUUCCCCAGUGAACAAAGUUUCUCAACUAAAGUAUUUACUGCGUUUUGUUGAAGAGCAGGAAACAAACUGAAGCAUAAAUGGAUAACAGGCAGCUGGUGAUGGUUUGCAGCUGGAGCCACUAGAUGGCGACUUCUUGUCAAAAGAGGGAGUACUUGAAGAUUUUGAGGAGGUGCCGUGAGGGUACUGAAAGACCCCAUCUGCUCAGAGUCUGCAUGACUGGCAGCUUGGCCUUACAUCUCCAAAACUAUUCCAGGUUAUGUGGCUCAGACCUGUUCUCUUUUGUCUAUUGAGUGACUGAGAAAGAAAGAGAAUAAGGUAGAAAGACAAAAGUGCGCCCAGUGGGCAGAAAUUACUUUUACAAAUACUUGUAUUAGGGUUUAUUCUCCUCUGCAUAUUGUCACUGUGAAAACCAGGCCUGUGUGUCUCCAAAAUGUCACUAUAGGGCUUUUAAAAAGAACAAAACACUAAAAGCAAACAGGACGCACCAAGGGUUAAAGUGCCCUGUCUGAUUUUGUACGGAGUCUUAUAUAGGUGUGCCAAUGUGUGUUUUAACCUUCGUGACAAUGCAUUUGCGAGAUGAUAAUAAAAAAUAAGGCUGUUGGCCAUUUAGGUCGGACAUUUUUCUCAACCCAUAAAGAGCAUCUAAUCCUUCAGGUUUACCAGUUUAGCAGUAUGCCCAUGUUGGUUUCUGGUUCUGUAAGUACACUGAUUCUUUAAGGACUUGCUAACAAGGGGCACCAAGGUCAAGUCCACUAUCUCGCAAUGUUAACGAAAGCUAAAAAUAGUUAGAUCCACCAAGUUCCAUGAAAAUCGGUCCAGUAGUUUUUUUUAUAAUCCUGCUGGCAAACGGACAAACAAACCAACAAACAAGCUGAACCAAAAACAUGACUUCCUUGGCGGAAGUAAUGAAGUACUGACAGUGUGCAGCAGGAAUUCUUCUUUUGCAAGGUAGUAAAAGAAAACCAGACAUGACAUUAAAUCAUCUAAAUUUUAAAUAUGUUACAUUCGCCAAUAUGCAUUUGAGUACCCUUAAAAACACACGUUGGAACUGAAACUAUCUAAUUAUCCCUCAUACCUGGCAGCUGAAUGAAUUAUAAGUGAAAGCACGUCACACAGGGGUUGUAUCAGAAGUCUUUUGUGGGUCUAUUUAUCAGGGAUACCACAAUGUCCACCCUCAGCAUCUGUCUGUCUACGUAAAACAAAUGUCUGUGUUCAGAAGAAAGACUGCAGUGUUUCCCUACAUGUUUCUUAUAGUCACCCAUGUGGGAUGUGACAAUAAAACUAGUGGUAUUACCGGUACAAACUCCGAUUCAUACAUGCAUUUGUGUGUUUUUCUAUGCCUUUUGUAAAAUGUACAUUUCUUUGAGUGCCAUUCUGGUAUCCCCUGGCAAAGAUUUUUUUUUUCAUAUUCUUUGAUGAAAAUAUUUGCAUGUGAAAAGACCUAUUUUCCUACAAAAAAUAAAACAGAAAUGCUUAUU